AUGUAGAAAUGGAAACUUUUUCAAAACAUUUUUUCUUUUUCUUUUUUUUUGGUAUACCAUCUGAUGAUUCGAAUUUGAAAAUAUUAAAUUAAUUUAAAAUUUUAAAAUGUUAUUAUCUCGAACAUUGAUUAAUUAUUGUCAAAUUCGUUUGCAAACUAUAUUCAUUAAUAAACAACCAACAUACAAAAGAUUUGUAAUAUCAUCAUCACAUUAUUUUUCAACAAAAAUUGAUACCGAAAAUGGAACGACAAAAUCUGUAUGGAAAUCAUCGUCUAAUUUAAAAUCAUCCACAGAUCGACCGAAAUUGGAUCGUAAAGAAUUGCUCAAAUCAUUGGAUGUUGAUUUAAGCUAUGUAAAAAAUGAGAUUACAUUAUUUGAAAUAGCAAAUCCAAGCACAUAUAGAGUAUAUUUUAUCGUAAUUAUUGCUAAUUUUUUAUUCUGGAUAGUUUGUGCCAAUAUCCUAUAUAAAUUCUAUUCGUUCAUUGGAAAACGAAAAGCAGUAAUCGAACGAGAAAAACAAUAUGAACAAAAUAAACAUGAAAUGAAAAAUCUUGAUAGAAUGAUUGAAUAUUUUUCAGUAUAUGGUUAUCAGAAAUUUACCAAAUGGUUAUUUUUAACCAUUGGUAUUGGAUCAACAGCAUUGUUUUUCUUUCUCCUAUCACGAUGUGUUUCAUUUAUUAGAUUAAUGCCCGGUGGUAAACAGAUCAAAGUUGGCCUUAUCAAUUGGUAUGGUGGUUGUAAUUCGGAACAACGUGCAAAAAUAUUCAAUCUAGCCGAUGUUACUACACGUGAACAUCGUACCGAAAGAUGUUAUUAUAUAUCGAUGAAAGUAAAAAAUAGAAAAUCAACAUUAUUAAUCGAAAGAGAUGGACAUUUUCCAAAUGAAACUUUAUAUGAUUUAACUUUAGGUGUACAACGAACAUUUAAUCAAUAGUUUUUCUUUAAUUAAUAAAAUAAAAUAAAAUCCAUGUAAAUAAAAUUAACUAAAAAA